AUGGAAGAGGUAGCAACAGAUCUAUCAGGCCUCCAGCUGGGUGAUGAUGUUGCAUCCGACCGCAAGAUCCUCAUCGCUGUAGAUUUCGCUAUCCAAUGCAGCCUGACAACAAUUGAUGAAAUACAGUCGGAUGUCCAAACAAUCAUCCAACAAUGGCCAGACCCAUCAAGCGGUGGCUUGGAAGGUGUAAGCAGCGAUAAAGUGCCAACUGAACUCCGCUACGAUGGCAACUCCUGCAAGUGGGGCUUCCAAGUCGAUGACUUCGGUCCACGCCAUCAAUGGUUCAAACUCGACCUCGAUCCAUCUCAGUCACGUGGGGUCAGUGAUCUCGCUCAGCAAUAUCCGGAUCAACAUGCCCUUCCCCCAGACUAUGACGCCUCAGCAGAGAAACUUUGCACAGACUAUCUCUCUGCUCUUCGUACCCACACGGAGAAGUUGCUACAACACAAGCUGCCUGCUUCUAUCAUCAAGUCUACGCCACUGGAGUACAUCAUCACCGUCCCAGCUGUCUGGUCCGACAACGCCCAAGCCAAGACUCGCUUUUGUGCCUUCGAAGCUGGUAUGGGCAAGGACCUGCAGAUCAUUUCCGAGCCAGAGGCUGCAGCUAUCUAUGCCCUCCACGCCAUGGACCCUCACAGCAUCAAAGAGGGCGACACUUUUGUUCUUUGUGACGCUGGGGGUGGAACAGUAGAUCUCAUCUCCUACACAGUCACAGCUUUGAAGCCCAUCUUGAAGGUCCAGGAAGCAGCCACUGGCUCUGGUAGACUCUGCGGCAGCACCUUCCUCAACCGUAUCUUUCAAAAAUAUCUCGUCGACAAGCUAUCCCUGAACGAGGAAUGGGAUGAAGAGGUCGUCGAAGACGCAAUGAAACGUUUUGACCUAGUCACAAAGAAAGCCUUCCGCGGCGACGUCAACGAAGAGUUCAUUAUACCAGUCCCCGGCCUAGCCGACGACCCCGCCAACUCUGUCCGGCGCGGGAAAUUCAAACUCCCGGGCACCGUCGUCAAAAACACCAUCUUCGACCCCGUCGUCUCCGAAGUGCUCGCCCUCGUGAAUGGCCAAAUCGCCGCCACAAAAGCCGCUUCCCUCUCAGUAAAAGCCGUCCUCCUAGUCGGCGGCUUCGGCCAAUCGCCCUACCUACGCGAAACCCUCCGCUCCACCCUCGGGCCCUCAAUCGAAGUAAUGCAACCCCCGAACGGCUGGACCGCCGUCGUGCGCGGUGCCCUAAUGAAAGGCCUCGCGGCACUCUCCCCGUCGACAGAGCGCGUGAAAGUCGCCGCACGCGUAGCACGCAAGCACUACGGGACGGAAAUCAUGAGUAAAUACGACCCGUCUGGGCGCGGGCACUCGCGGACCACGGCGUGGUGGGACGACUACGAUGGCGAGCUCAAGGUGUUCGAUAUGAGCUGGUUUAUCACCAAGGGCAGUGAAGUCACGGAGGACCAGAGCUUCACGCGCAAGUAUCAUAAGGUGUGGAAAGUGAGUGAGGGGCCGCGACAGACGGUCGCGCAGGACAUCAUGAUGUUUGAGGAUUUGGAGGGCAAGGGGGCGCCGGUGUAUAAGGACGGGGCGGACGUGAGACAGUUGGCACGCCUGAGGGCGGAUUUGAGCUGUAUUCCUGUGGGGGAACUGAUGCAGAGGGCGGGCAAGGAUGGGAAGGUGUGUUGA